ACACAAGGAAUACUUGGCUGUGCUAUCUUGGGACCAACUUGUACAUACGCCACUUACCAGAUGCUUUCCCUGAAAAGUACUUUUGGUGUGCCACUGAUUUCAGCUGGGAGCUUUGGUCUUUCAUGUGACUACAAAAAAUAUCUGACCCGCAUUUUACUUCCAGCCAGGAAAAUUACAUAUUUCUUUUACGAAUUUUGGAAAUUUAAGGCAUCCCCGAUCAAAUCAGACAAGUGGCAGUCUGUCUACAUCUACAAAAAGGAUAACAACACAGAAUCCUGUUACUGGUAUAUUAAUGCACUGGAUUCCAGUGUCUCCCACUUCAAUACAAUUCUGAAUUUCAAAGAAGUCCUCAGAACAGAAGGCGACAUUCAAAAGUUUUUACAUGAACAGAGCCGAAAAAGUAAUGUUUUCCUUAUAUGCGGAUCACCCAGUGAUGUUCAGAUGCUACGGGAAAAAAUUCCUUCAGACAUGAUCAUCAUACUUAUUGAUAUAUUUAACCCUGUGUAUUAUGAGAAUAGCUAUGCUGAAGAGUACAUGCAAAAUGUACUGGUGCUGACAUUACCGCCGUCCAAUUUCAGCAGAAUAUCUAACAACUCACAAACAACCCAACUACUGAAGAAUGAUUAUGCUGCAGGAUACUUGGAUGGUGUUCUUCUAUUUGGGCAUGUCCUUAAGAAAUUUCUUACAUCUCCAGAAAUUAAGGAGCCCUAUUCCUUUAUUGAUCAGUUUCGGAAUGUUUCUAUGACAGGUUCCUCAGGUCCAAUUAUACUGGAUGAUAUUGGUGAUCGUGAUCUAAACCUUACUCUGCUCUACACCUCAGUGAUCACUAAUAAGUAUUCAGAGCUACUUAUGUUUGACACGAGCACCAACAGCACAACAGUGAUAGACAGCAGCCCUUCUUUCAUCUGGAAAAACCACAAACUUCCCAGUGAUGUUCCUGGCAGUGGACCUCAUAUCUUGACCAUAGCAAUAUUUACUCUCACAAUAGCUGUUAUACUUGUGCUGAUCAUUGCACUUCUUGUAUUCAGAAAAUACCGUAAAGAAAACGAACUCCAACAAAAACGAUGGUGCCAUAUCCCUCCAGAAAAAAUACUUCCCUUGGACAACAAUGAGACUUGUCAUGUCAGCCUAAAGAUUGACGAAGAUAAAAGGCGUGAUUCAGGACCAAGGUUACGCCGAGCAAAAUAUGAUAAAAAGAUCAUAAUUCUCAAAGACCUGAAACAUGAUGGAAACUUUACGGAAAAACAGAAAAUGGAGCUCAACAAACUUCUACAAAUAGAUUAUUACAACCUGACAAAGUUCUAUGGUACAGUGAAGAUCAAUACAAUGAUAUAUGCUGUGAUUGAAUACUGUGAAAGAGGCUCACUUCGUGAUGUUCUAAAUGAUAAGAUAUCUUACCCUGAUGGCACAUUUAUGGACUGGGAAUUUAAAAUAUCAGUGAUGUAUGAUAUAGCUAAGGGUAUGUCUUAUCUGCACUCAAGUAAAACUGAAGUUCACGGACGCCUGAAGUCAACAAACUGUGUUGUGGACAGCCGUAUGGUGGUAAAAAUCACCGAUUUUGUUGGUAAAUGUGUUCUCAGCCCUAAAAAAGACUUGUGGACAUCCCCUGAGCAUCUACGUCAUGAUGGGGUGUCUCAGAAAGGCGAUGUCUAUAGCUAUGGGAUCAUAGCUCAAGAAAUUGUUCUCAGAAAAGAGACAUUCUACACUGAGCAGUGCCAUGACCCUAAAGAAAAAAUUUCCAGACUCCUGAAGUGCAAAGGAGAUUGUCCCUUCCGACCAGAUUUGAACUUUGAUACAGCCGAUGAAUGGGAAAUUGAGGUCUAUGUGUUAGUAAAAAAUUGUUGGGAGGAAGAUCCUGAAAAGAGACCAGAUUUUAAGAAAAUUGAAAACACACUUGGGAAGAUAUUUAGUAACUUUCAUAACCAGACAAAUGAGAGUUACAUGGACACUCUUAUACGCCGACUGCAACUCUACUCCAAAAACCUGGAGCACCUGGUGGAGGAGCGAACCCAGCUUUAUAAAGCAGAAAGAGAUCGUGCUGACCAACUAAAUUUCAUGUUGCUUCCAGGGCCAGUAGUAAAAUCCCUUAAAGAGACAGGCCGUGUGGAACCUGAAUAUUUUGAAGAGGUCACCAUUUACUUCAGUGACAUAGUUGGUUUCACCACAAUCUGCAAGUACAGCACACCAAUGGAAGUUGUGGACAUGCUGAAUGAUAUGUAUAAGAACUUUGAUCAUAUUCUGGAUCAUCAUGAUGUGUACAAGGUGGAAACAAUUGGAGAUGCAUACAUGGUGGUCAGUGGCUUGCCAAAUCGAAAUGGAAAUAGGCAUGCUGUAGAUAUAUGUAGGAUGGCUUUGGAUAUCCUCAGCUUCAUGGGCUCAUUUGAACUAAGGCAUUUGCCAGGCUUACCUGUCUGGAUAAGGAUUGGAAUUCAUUCAGGGUCAUGUGCGGCUGGUGUUGUUGGGAUUAAAAUGCCAAGAUACUGCCUUUUUGGAGACACUGUGAAUACAGCAUCACGAAUGGAGUCUACUGGUCUGCCUUUAAGAAUUCAUGUAAGUAAAUCAACUGUAUCCAUUCUGAAAAGGACAGAUUGUGAUUUCCAGUAUGAAGUAAGAGGGGAAACCUAUCUCAAGGGUAAGGGUACUGAAAUUACCUACUGGUUGACAGGAGAGAAGGAACAGAAAUACAACAUCCCCACACCCCCAUCUGUGGAGAACCAGCAGCGUCUGCAGUCUGACUUUGCUGAGAUGAUAAAGAAGUCACUAAAAAUGAGAGAAACUGAGGGGUUUAAGGACAGGCAGCUGACACGUGUGGCGAGCUACAGGAAUGGAACUUUGGAAUACCUUCAAUUAGCAACCAGCAGUCCACCCAGCACAUACCUGUAACAGAGAUAUUUCUGAACAUUCAGGUGUAGGAUACAAGAAUUUUAAUAUACAUGAUUGUAUUCAAAAACUAUACCUUACACAUGUUUCCCUUUUUCUGCCAAACCCCCCCCAAACAUUUUAUUAUUGUAUAGUGCAGAAUGAAAAAUUGAAAAUUAGCGUUUGUCAGUCCUUAAGGGUAGCAGUCCUUCAGUUGGUGUAAAAUGUCUAUAAUUACAAUAUAAGUAAACAGUAAACAAUGUGAUUGAAUGACCCCGUGUUUGGUCCCAUAUCAUUCUAAAAACAUGUAAGAUGUAUUUCCCUUAACCAUGAACAAUGCAGUACCUAAUUUUCCUUAUUUUAUACAUACCUGUACACCAAUCAAUGUCUGUAUUUCUUAUACAACUGUACUUAUUGUACCUCGCAGUUAUUAUAAUAUAAACUUUGAAGCUCUAAGUAUAUCUGUUAGGGCUACCUAAAUAAAACUCUAUACCUGAGUAAAUUUUGUCACCCUUGUGCUUACUGGCUUAUUCUGACUUAAUGAUCAGACCUGUCACUUUUUGCCUUGGUAAUAAAUAAUUAUAAAAGUAA